AUGACACAGCUCUACCAACAUAUCCUGGCAUUAGUAUUUGCUGUAAAAGAGAUCAAUGCAAACCUCCAAAUCUUACCCAACUUCACCCUGGGCUUCCACAUCUAUAACAGCCAUUUCAGUGCAAGGUGGACCUACCGUUCCUCCUUGGAACUCCUCUCUACAUACAGCAGAUUCAUUCCCAACUACAAGUGUGACUCCCAGAAUGAACUAGCAGCAGUCAUUGGAGAUCCGAACUCUGAGGUUUGUCUUCAUAUGGCAAGUAUACUGAGCAACUACAAGAUUCCACAGCUCAUCUAUGGUCCUGCUCCAAUGAGAUAUAUUAAAACUGAAGUUGCUUUCCUUAACCAAAUGUUCCCAAAUAUAGACCAUCAAUAUGAAGGGAUUCUCAAGUUACUGCUACACUUCAGAUGGUUGUGGACUGGUGUGGUGAUUGCAGAUAAUGAGAAUGGAGAGAGGUUUCUACAGAGCAUGAUUCCAAAAUUUAUUCUGAGAGGUAUCUGCUUUGAUUUCAUAGGAAGAUUUCCAUCAAUUUCAUAUACUAAUGGUAUUACGGACUUGGUUGCAGAUGGGCUCAAGACAUUUAAUGUUGCAAUGAGAAGUACUGUUAACGUGUUGAUCAUUCAUGGGGAAAUUGAUUCCAUGACACUUUUGAGAAUGCUUCCUGUUAUGUCAGAAUAUGAAGAUAUAUCAAUAAAGGCUAAAGGGAAAGUUUGGGUCAUGACAGUACAGAUGGAUUUCACAUCACUUCCCUAUCAGAGAGAUCAGGACAUAGACUUCCUCCAUGGUACUCUAUCCUUCACAAUUCACUCAAAGGAGGUUGUGGGAUUCCAGGAAUUUGUUCAGAUGAGAAAUCCCAUCCUGGAAAAAGAAGAUGGCUUUAUGAGGAUAUACUGGGAAAAGGCAUUUCAGUGUCAUUUCCCUGACUCUGAGGGAAAUACGCAGGAUGGUGAUAUAUGCACUGGGGAGGAGAAGCUGGAGACUCUUCCUGGCUCUGUUUUUCCAACAAGCAUGACUGGCCACAGCUAUAGCAUCUACAAUGCAGUCUAUGCUGUGGCACACGCUGUGCAUGCCAUGCAUUCAUCUAAGUUGAAGCGCAGGGUGGAUGAAGGGCGGCUGAAGCUUUGGAAUCAACAGAUGUGGAAGCUCAAGGUGGCCUAUCGGGCUCUUCCUCUCUCCGUAUCCAUUCUUCCUUGGUAUAAAGCUUUUAAACAGUUCAUCCUUUCGGAGAGUGAAAGUUGGAAAGAUCGACCCCAUGGCUCCCAAGAAGAAGCAUUCAGCAUUUGUGAAGAAGCCAUUGUGUGGCCCAGCCGGUUUAACCAGGCACAGCCUCUUUCUCUUUGUAAUGCCAAUUGUCCUUUGGGUUAUCAAAAAACAAAGAAGGAAGGGAAACCAUUUUGCUGCUAUGAUUGCGUCUUAUGUCCAGAAGGGAAGAUUUCCAACCAGACAGACAUGGAUGAAUGCUUUCAGUGCCCACCGGAUCAUUACCCAAAUGUGGAAAAGGAUUCAUGCGUGCCAAAGGUCAUCCAUUUCUUGUCUUAUGGGGAACCCCUGGGGAUCUCUUUGUCCUGCUUUGCUGUUUCCUUGUCCUUCCUUGCAGCUUUGGUGCUUUGGAUCUUCAUUAAGCACCGUGAAACUCCUAUAGUCAAAGCCAACAACCACAACCUCUCCUACACUCUCCUCAUCUCCCUCUUGCUUGCUUUCCUUUGUGCUCUUCUAUUCAUCGGUCGACCUAAGAAAGUGACAUGUCUCCUUCGACAAACAGCUUUUGGCAUCAUCUUUUCAGUGGCAGUUUCUUGUGUGUUGACAAAGACAAUCAUUGUGGUCCUUGCUUUCAUGGUCACCAAACCAGGGUCCAGCAUGAGGAAAUGGGUGGGGAAACAACAGGCCACUUCCAUUAUUCUUUCCUGUUCCUUGAUUCAAGCUGCUCUUUGUACUGUGUGGCUGGCAACCUCUCCCCCAUUUCCAGCUUUAGACAUGAACUCAAUGAGUAAAGAAAUAGUUCUGGAAUGUAAUGAAGGGUCAGUCACUAUGUUCUACUGUGUCUUGGGGUUUAUGGGCUUGCUGGCCAUUGUCAGCUUCUCUGUAGCCUUCCUAGCCAGGAAGUUACCUGACAGCUUUAAUGAAGCCAAGUUUAUCACCUUCAGCAUGCUGGUAUUUUGCAGUGUGUGGCUGUCCUUUGUUCCAACUUACCUAAGCACAAAAGGAAAAUAUUUGGUGGCUGUGGAGAUCUUCUCCAUCUUGGCCUCCAGUGCUGGUUUACUGGGUUGUAUAUUUUCCCCAAAAUGUUAUAUUAUUGUGAUGAAGCCAGAGCUGAACAACAAGGACCAGUUAAGAAGAAGAAAUCAGUGA